AUGCGUUCGCUCGAGUGCUGGCAGAAUGCAUUGAGUAAACGACCGCAGGAACUCGAGUAUGAUAUCUACACUAGAGGCUGCCUUCAACCUUUGCGAAGCGUUUUUCAAUCACAUUCAGUUCACAUCUGUGCAGCGGUGGCUCUUGUGAUUGUACCUGUGUGUGUCUCGGUCUGUCUCACAAACGUUCUCGCAAGGCAAAUCGAUCAUCAACGAUUACUUCUGGAACGGGAGGCUCGUAGAAUGGAGAGGCAUAGGAAACGUGAACGACAUCGCGUUAGAACAGCAAUCCGUGCAAUGAAUAGGAGUCAGGAAGCGAAAAUAUCGGAACACGAUGUGGUCCCUGCUCCCGAAGAGAAGCCUGCGUACAGAGCUAAAAGUUCGUCAGUAGAACGAACACGAAACGAUCAACGUGCUAACGCAUCUUCAGCACCACCGGUCGCACAUCGGACAAAAAAUAAACGAAGGGGCUGCUCUACUACUGAUCAUAAAAAUUCACGAAUAGAGCAGUGGGUAUUACAACAGUCGGAUUUGGUGAAACCAAACCCUAGUGGGUAA